AUGAUAAUCAGUAUAAUAAAAAAAGAACCUAAAUCUAUAUCCUCGAAAGUAGCUAGAUUAGUAAAAAAGUCUGGGCAAGUAAACAAGGGCUACUUAGUAUCUUGCCGCAAUUCGUUCGACGAGUAUUGGAGGAAAUUAAGCGCGGUUCAAGGCGAGCUAGAAGUGUUAGAUCAGGGGGAAAUUGCUUGUAGAGCCUCUUUGUUGCAAGAGCAUCUGGAGAUUAACACACGACUCAUAGAUCUCUUUGACCAAAUACCAGCAACAACUCCCUCGACAACAAAAACACGCGACUCAUGCGUGAACCCUGAGCCGACACCAAUCACUUUACCAGAGGUCAGCUUGCCUCAGUUCGACGGUGCCUUCGAGAACUGGACCUAUUCCUAUGACACGUUUUCAUCCACAGUGGACCGCAAUGAACAUUUGACCGAAGUGCAAAAAGUCCAACACGAGUCGACGCAUCAAGUCGAAGCUGUCCAACUCGAGAUAGAAUUAUUAGACUCGGAUGGACAAUCGCGCGAUCUCGAAAUCAGAGAGCAAUAUGAAGAUAUAUACGAGCGGCUAAGACGUAACCAACGUGUCGCACGGCAAGCCCCGUCAUCGAGACCGAGAACCAGUGAAUCCGUCGCUGCUAUCAAAUCGCCACGAAAUGUCUUCAUUCAACCAACCUCUCACGAUCCACUGGACCGGAAGGAAGUGAAUCCCGUCCAGGACAACAAGAAUCAAACUCCGCCGACGGGGAACACCACUUUACAUAUUACACCUGACAUGGACGUCAUAGCAGAGAAUCUUUCUCCGGGCCCUAACGUGAAGAACUCUCCAUCGCCAUGGCGGCGAGGAGCCACGCCUGCGAGUGACCCAGAUCGAGAUAAUCUCCACGCUAUUACUACUAUGACUAAUCAUUUAAUUCCGAAACAAGAACGAGGAUGUCCAAAUGAUAUGCAAUACUUUCACGGGUCUGAUGUUGCAGAAAUACCAUAUAAGAAAGGCGAAACCUGCUCGAGGUCUUACCAUGAAACAAGCUACGAUACGUGGGACAAGACAACUCAAUUGGGCCAAAUCAUCGGGGGGAGCUCAGUUCCCCAAUCAAACACAAAACUCUGCGACGUGUUUGAACCUGUACCAUGCAUCAUCGGAGUUUCAUUCAAUGACACCUCGUGGGCCGAGGUGUUCCACAAUACUUCAUGGGCCAAGCUGUUUCACGACGCGUCCUGGAUCUUAUUACACCACUUUGGGCAAAUUGCAAAGAAAAAUUCGAAAUUAAUUACGUACCUCGUUUUACAGUUAGCGGAAGAUUCCUUAUUGGGUCGUCAUUGUAUAGCCACACGAAAUAUCAAAGUUGGGGAAAUUGUUUUGAAAGAUGAUCAACCUCUGAUAGCAGGUCCUAUGUAUAAUUGCGCUCCUGUGUGCCUUCGCUGUUACACGGUCUUGAAUGAAAGCAUUGCAGUAGCUUGUGAAAAAUGUGGUUGGCCUCUUUGUCAAGAUUGCAAAGACCAUGGAUUAGAGUGUAAUUUUUCUUCUACUCGCAGAGAUCAUAAGGUAUCUAUAACUGAAUUUGGCCACCCACAUCCAAGUUAUCAAUGUAUAACUGUCAUAAGAGCGUUAGCAUCGAAGGAUGUUAAUUUGGAAUCUUAUAAGAAGUUACUAUCGCUCGAAAGUCAUUACGAUCGAAUAAAUUCCCAUGAACUGUCAAACACUGUCCGCUUUAUUAAAAGAUUUUUCAAAACAGAUGAUAUAUUGGAGGAGGAAAUGACAAAAAUCGUCGGUAUCUUGCAGGUUAAUGGACAUGAAGUUCCGCUUACUGAUCCACCAUACGUAGCAGUUUACGAACUGACAUCAUUACUUGAGCAUAACUGUAAAGCAAAUUGCUCGAAAAGUUUCACUGAUACUGGAGGGCUGAUUAUUCAUGCUGCAGUACCUAUUGCAAAAGAAGACCACAUUUCUAUAUGUUAUACGGAUCCAUUGUGGGGUACUGCAAACAGAAGACACCAUCUUCUUAAAACAAAAUUUUUUGAAUGUACUUGUGAUCGAUGCAAGGAUCCCACAGAAUUUGGAACAAUGUUUAAUGCUUUAAAGUGCAAUCGAAUGAAUUGUCCAGGAUACAUGUUACCAAAAACUUUUUUUGAACAGGAACAGGAUUAUAUAUGCAAAAUUUGUGAAUCAAUUGUUCCUUAUGCGGAAAUUGAAAAAAUAUUAGAAAAUAUUGGUAUAUACCUUUCAACCAUGAAGAAAAAUGACAUUAUUGCAUGUAACGAAUUUAUAAGUCGUUACGAAAGUACUCUCCACCCAAAUCAUUUUUACAACAUUGAUGUAACGAUUGCUCUGGCUCAAUUGAUUGGACAACAAACUGGAGGAUUAGCAGCAGUAGAAAAAGAUCUUCUCAUCGAGAAAAUAGAAUUAUGCAAAAAACUGGAUAAAUUGCUCAAGACACUCGUUCCUGCUGAAAAUCGAAUUCGAGGCCUGAUUCUUUUCGAAUUACAUGCAGCCCACGCAGACCUUAGUAGGAGACAUACAGAAAUGGAGAUUUUAGUGCCAUUAUUGGUAAGAUGAAAUAUCAAAUUUGACACAUACUUAAAUAAUACUACAUAUUUAAAUAAUAAUAUAUAUGUCGAUGAUGAAAGGACACCGGAGCCUUCCCUUUAGAAUUUUGGGAAAGUCCCUUAACACUUUAAUCUAGAUUCUACCAUAGCCGUAAUUAAGCAAUUGUCGUCAUUCAAUCCGACUGUGUUUGUUC